AAGACUCCUUUUUUUUCAUAAUGAAAAUGAUCGCUUUUUUAAUUUUAGCUUUUUUAACAUUUUCGUGCAACUGCUCUUCUUUAGAACGGAAUUUGACAAAACAUGAUUUGUUUAAAAAAUUAGAUGAUGAUCGGACUCUUGCACAAGAAUUAAUAAACUAUGUUUACAUGAAAUAUCCAUAUUAUUUAAAAGAUUUUAUGGAAUUUGACGUUAAUAAAAUUAAAGGUAUUUCGGAAGCAAAAGCCCUUCAGACAACUGCAUUAGAAGUUAAACGAAAGAAAAGUAACUACACAAGCUACGAACUGCUGCUUACUGAAAUAAACAACGACAGACCAAAAAAUGUGGAAACAGAACACAAAACUAGUCUGUUCUUAUGCUCAAGAGCAAUUCGAUACGGAAAUAACAAUCCUCGUUACAUCGAAUACCGAGAAGGUGAACCAGAAUCAAAUAUAAUAAUUCUUUCUUCGCACGACGGACACUUACGUCCCAAAUAUAUGCCAGACCGCGAUGCUGGAUGUUGGAUAGACAAUAAGUGCGUAUACAAUCACAACUGCGAAAAGAAAAAAAAAUAUACUAAAAAUUUUGAAAAAUGUGGUAUGAAAGAUUUUAACGAUAAUUUUUCCACCGACAUUAUUGACGCUUUAGAAAAACAUAUUGAAAAUGUUACUGGAUAUCGCCCUCAUGUUGUAGUUAAUCAUUUACACCGCUCUAAACUAGAUGUUAACAGAGAAAUUGAUGCUGCUGCAUUUGGAGUUCCCGAUGCAGAACAAGCUUGGAAGGACUUUCAUAACUUUGUCAGAAGAGCAAAAAAAAGUUUAAAUGGAAGAAGAGGAAUUAUCUUUGAUUUACAUGGUAAUGAUGUUUCAGAUGGGUUUAUCAUGCUUGGAUACGGUUUACAACGUUCUGAAAUGGAAGAUGAAAAUUUUUCUGCAAAUACAUCAUCAAUUCAGAAUUUAGCUGAAAACGUUAAAGUACCAUUUGAACAGUUAGUAAGAGGUGAGCUAAGUUUAGGAUUUUACUUGUCAGAAAAAGGUUACUUAGUUAUCCCUUCGCCUAAAAUACGUCGUCCUCGUGGAAGACACUACUAUCGUGGAAGCUAUUCUAUAUUAGAGCAUGGUUCAAACAAAAAUAUUAAUGGCGGCAAUAUAGAUGCAAUUCAAAUUGAAGUUCAUUCAAAAUAUAGAAACGACUACGAUUAUGAAAAAUUUGCAGAAGAUUUAGCAUUUGCUAUCAAAACAUUUUACGAUAACAACUAUAAACUUCAUAUGGAAGAAAUUGUUAAAGAUUCUCACUAAUUUUUUAAUAUAUACAUACAUAUAUAUAUAUAUAUAAAUGUAUAUAUAUAUAUAUAUAUAUAUAUAUAUAUAUAUAUAUAUAUAUAUAUAUAUAUAUAUAUAUAUAUAUAUAUAUAUAUAUAUAUAUAUAUAUAUAUAUAUAUAUAUAUAUAAGGCCAGCGCGAUAGGGGGUGCGGGCGGGGGUGACACCCCCAUCAUUUUUAGUCGGCAAACUGGACCCUUUUAGACUAGUUAGUCACCAAAUGUCGACCCUUUCGAUAUAGGUUAGUCGGUAAUCUAGACAGUCGGCAAAUAUCGUCAUGGCAGUCGGCAAAUUUUGGAAAACGAUGACCUUUUUUUUUUUUAAGUCGGCAAAAGUUGUAAUAGCACCCCCCGCGUGACACCUACUCGCGCCGGCCCUGUUUAUAUAUAUAUAUAGUUACAUUGUUAUUAGAAAUUUAGCUAUAUGUAAUUAUAUGUAUUCAUAGCAGAAAAUUGAGGCUUUAGACUUCUAUCAAUGUUUAUAUAAUUACAUACAUUUAGUGUAAUUUUGCAAACGUACUCUGUUAAAAAUAUAUUAUUAUUUAUUUA